CCGACAGUGACUUUCUCCCGCACAUAUUGAAACAACCAUUUCAUUGUUGCUUCACAUUCAUUUCAUUUAAAUCACACGUAGAAAUAAUUUAACCAACUGGACUUUUUUUUUAUGUUAAACGUUUUGUAAAUGGAGGCAAACGUAAUCGUUGUGUGCAGUUUAUCAGUAUGUUGUGGUUGAUAUUCAAGGUUUAGUCAGUUGACAAGUUGAAGUUGUCCUAGGACGCCCAGGGACCAGGACCAGGACUAUGGAUGUGGACGGGCGGGUCCACAGUCGGUCCUGGGACUGGGACAGUCCGCACUGCCGAGCCCAGCUGGACGACGUCUUCUUCCGUCCGAGCGACUACAUCCAGGCCGGCAGCCAGGAACACAAAGACUUCUGGGCCUUCUUUGACCGCUUCCAGAGGUUUAAGGUAAAGCGGGACAUGUCUGGACCGGGUCCCAGCCCUGACGUGAUCCGGCCUGGGUCCUUGGACCUCCCUCGGGACUAUGACGCUCGCUACCGCAUCAACGUGUCGGUGUGCACCCGGGACGUGGAGGAGCGGCUCGGACGCUCCCACACGAGGAGAGAGUCGUCCGGUCCGAGUCCUCAGGUGAUCUCCGACUUCCGCCUGGCCCUCCUGCACUUCUUGGACUUCAGUCAGCGGCAGAGCUUCUGCAAGCUGGCCAAGCUGCGCCGGGAGCAGAGGACCCUGCCCAUCUUCCAGUAUCGACACCGAGUGGUGGAGAUGGUGAGGCAGCACCCGGUGGUGGUGGUGGCGGGGGACACCGGCUGUGGGAAGUCCACCCAGGUGCCCCAGUACCUGCUCUCUGCCGGAUUCACGCAGAUCGCCUGCACGCAGCCCCGACGCAUCGCCUGCAUUUCACUGGCCAAGAGGGUCAGCUUCGAGAGUCUCAACCAGUACGGCUCCAAGGUGGGCUACCAGAUCCGCUUCGAGACCACGCGGACUCUCGCCACCAAGCUGAUCUUCCUGACUGAGGGCCUGCUCCUCAGGCAGAUCCAACAGGAGAAGACUCUGGAGCAGUACCAGGUUCUGAUCGUGGACGAGGUCCACGAGCGACACCUGCACUGUGACUUCCUGCUGGGCGUCUUGCGCUCCCUGCUGGCCGAGCGCCCCGACCUGCGCCUCAUCCUCAUGUCGGCCACCAUCAACAUCAAGCUCUUCUCCGACUAUUUCGGCGGCGCUCCUGUGCUGCAGGUGCCAGGCAGGCUCUUCCCCAUACAGGUGACUUACCAACCCAUCCCGCCGGAGGAGCAGCCGUCGCGCUCUGAGAAGAUGGACCCCCGGCCUUACCUGCGCAUCCUGCAGGGCAUCGACCAGCGCUACCCGCCAGAGGAGCGCGGCGACCUGCUCAUCUUCCUCAGCGGCGUGGCGGAGAUCGGCACCAUCCAGGAGGCGUGUCAGGUGUACGCCACGCACACGCGGCGUUGGAUCGUGCUGCCGCUGCACAGCACGCUCUCCUUGGCACAGCAGGACAAGGUGUUUGACAUAGCGCCACCUGGUGUAAGGAAGUGCAUCAUCUCGACCAACAUCGCAGAGACCUCGGUCACCAUCGAUGGAGUACGCUUUGUGGUGGACUCGGGCAAGGUGAAAGAGAUGAGUUUCGACCCCAAGGCCAAGAUGCAGCGUCUGCAAGAGUUCUGGAUCAGCCGAGCCAGCUCGGAGCAAAGGAAAGGUCGCGCCGGCCGUACGGGUCCCGGAGUGUGCUACCGCCUCUACGCCGAGUCCGACUACGACGCCUUCGCUUCCUACGCCGUGCCCGAGAUCCACCGGGUGGCGCUGGACUCGCUGGUUCUUCAGAUGAAGAGCAUGGGACUCGGAGACCCGCUGUCUUUCGUCUUCAUCGAUCCGCCGCCCGCCGCCAGCAUCCAGACCGCGAUUACCUACCUCAAGGAGCAGGGGGCGCUGGACCACCGCUGUGAGCUGACCUCUAUCGGGAGUCUGCUCGCUCAGCUGCCGGUCGACGUCGUCAUCGGGAAGAUGCUGGUGCUGGGCUCCUUGUUCAAUCUGGUGGAGCCUGUGUUGACAGUGGCCGCCGCCCUCAGCGUCCAGUCGCCCUUCCUGCGCAGCUCCCAGCACAACCCGGACUGCGCCACCGCCCGCCAGCCCCUGCACUGCAGCCAGGGAGACCCUUUCACUCUGCUCAACACCUUCAACGCCUGGGUGGAGGUGAAGGGCGAGAGAGGCGGCGAGUCCAGGAAGUGGUGUCGGCGGCGAGGCCUGGAGGAGCAGCGUCUUUACGAGAUGGUCAACCUGCGCCGGCAAUUCAAGGAGCUGCUGAGGACCCACGGCCUGCUGGAGACCGCCGACGGCGAUGACGACGGCGGUGGCGACGACCGCCAGCAGCGCCGCGUGCGUCGGAUUGAGAGGCGGAAGCUUCAUCAGAUGAAGAGGGAACACGAGCAGCAGGAAGGCACCAAGCGGAAAGUCCUCAGGCUGGAAGAGGGCCAGGAGGGAGAGUUCUCCUCUGGGUCGGACACGGAGCAGGCGGGAAGGAGGCGGAACAGGAAGAAGGACAAGGAGGGAUCGGUGGACAUCCAGGAAGUGAAGUUCAAGCUGCGUCACAACGUAUCGGAGCUCCAGGGCGCCGUCAGCGCCAGCCAGGACCUGUCGUCCCGGCGACAGGCGCUCCUCAAGCUGCUGCUGUGCCGCGGCCUCUAUCCUCAGCUGGCUCUGCCCGACGACCACAACGCCGCCCGCAAGGACACCGAGCAGGUGUUCCACACCAAGAACAAGCAGGGCAUCGUCAUCCAUCCCACCAGCGUGUUUGCCAGCGACCCCGAGGUGUUGCACCCGCUUCAGGAUGGCGUCCAGGACCGAGCAGCAGACCGGCGAGACAGCAGCAAACAUCAGCUGCUGGCCUUCGUCACCUUGCUGGAGACCAACAGGCCGUACUUGUCCAACUGCGUGCGUGUUCCCGCGCUGCAGGCCCUGCUGCUGGUGGCCAACACGGUGGACAGCAACGCCGACUGCUCGCGCCUGCUGCUGGACGGCUGGCUGGAGCUGCAGCUGAAGCGGCCGGAGGAGGCGCUCAAGGUGCUGUCGGACGCCCUGAGCCUCCGGGCCGAGUGGGAGCGUCUCCUGCAGGCCCAGCUGGCGCGGGGUCUGGCCGGCGUGUCCCGCCGAGCCACGGAGAAGCUGAGCGAGCGCCUGGUCCGCUUCCUGCUGUACACCGAGACCAGCUACAGCCUGCAGAGGCUGACGGCCCUCCAGACGCAGAACCUGUACGUGGGACCCCAGGCGGAGUCAGAGGUGGCCCUUGGCGUCACGCCGCUGUUUCCGGGCCAGGAGGUCAAGCCCGACCCCGUGAAGGGAGGCCUGCGCGUCAGCAGCUUCUUCACCUACAACUGUCUGUCUGACUCCAGGGACCUGUACAGCCAGUGCCUGCGGACUUUCUGGAACUGUCCCCACUGUGACCUGUACAUGCCGCUGACCCCUCUGGAGCGCAUGCAGCACGAGACCACCUGCAGGCCGGCGGGCGAACAGCAGCAGGAUGAAGGGGAAGACGACGUAAAGCCAGUGUCCUCGUCUCACUCCAGCCUGAGCAGAGUUUACCACUGCGACGUUUGCCACCAAGACCUGACCCUCACGCCCACAGAGAUCCUCAAGCACAAAAGGCAGCACAUGUACUCUGCUAAGUAAACCACCGCAUUCCUACUACAUAAGUUGUCACGUUGUGUAAAUGGUAAAUAAAAAGAGAAUACAAUGAUUUGCAAAUCCUUUUCAACUUAUAUUCAAUUGAAUAGACUGCAAAGACAACAUAUUUCAUGUUCACACCGAGAAACUUCUUCUUUUUUUGUACAAAUAAUCAUGAACUUAGAAUUUAAUGGCAGCCACACAUUGCAAAAAAAGUUGUCACAGGGGCAUUUUUACCACUGUGUUACAUGGCCUUUCCUUUUAACAACACUCAGUAAACGUUUUUGGGAACUGAGGAGACACAUUUUUGAAGUGGAAUUAUUUCCCAUUCUUGCUUAAUGUACAGCUUAAGUUGUUCAACAGUCUCCCUUCUCAUAUUUUAGGCUUCAUAUUGCUCCACACAUUUUCAAUGGGAGACAGGUCUGGACUACAGGCAGGCCAGUCUAGUACCCGCACUCUUUUACUAUGAAGCCAGGUUGAUGUAACACGUGGCUUGGCGUUGUCUUGCUGAAAUAAGCAGGGGCGUUCAUGGUAACGUUGCUUGGAUGGCAACAUAUGUUGCUCCAAAACCUGUAUGUACCUUUCAGCAUUAAUGGUGCCUUCACAGAUGUGUAAGUUACCCAUGUCUUGGGCACUAAUACACCCCCAUACCAUCACAGAUGCUGGCUUUUACACUUUGCGCCUAGAACAAUCCGGAUGGUUCUUUUCCUCUUUGGUCCGGAGUUUCCAAAAACAAUUUGAAAUGUGGACUCGUCAGACCACAGAACACUUUUCCACUUUGUAUCAGUCCAUCUUAGACGAGCUCGGGCCCAGCGAAGCAAGCGGCGUUUCUGGGUGUUGUUGAUAAAUGGCUUUGGCUUUGCAUAGUAGAGUUUUAACUUGCACUUACAGAUGUAGCGACCAACUGUAGUUACUGACAGUGGUUUUCUGAAGUGUUCCUGAGCCCAUGUGGUGAUAUCCUUUACACACUGAUGUCGCUAUUUGAUGCAGUACCGCCUGCGGGAUCGAAGGUCCGUAAUAUCAUGGCUUACGUGCAGUGAUUUCUCCAGAUUCUCUGAACCUUUUGAUGAUAUUACGGCGCGUAGAAGGUGAAAUCCCUAAAUUCCUUGCAAUAGCUGCUUGAGAAAUGUUGUUCCUAAACAAUUUGCUCAGGCAUUUGUUGACAAAGUGGUGACCCUCGCCCCAUCCUUGUUUGUGAACGACUGACCAUUUCAUGGAAUCUACUUUUAUACCCAAUCAUGGCACCCACCUGUUCCCAAUUAGCCUGUUCACCUGUGGGAUGUUCCAAAUAAGACUGAUGAGCAUUUCUCAACUUUCUCAGUCUUUUUUGCCACUUGUGCCAAACAUGUUGCAGGCAUCAAAUUCCAAAUGAGCUAAUAUUUGCAAAAAAAUAACAAAGUUUCUCAGUGUGAACAUGAAAUAUCUUGUCUUUGCAGUCUAUUUAAUUGAAUAUAAGUUGAAAAGGAUUUGCAAAUCAUUGCAUUCUGUUUUUAUUGACCAUUUAAACAACGUGACAACUUCACUGCUUUUGGCUUUUGUGUUAUCAUUAUGAUGAUGAAGAUUGAUGCAAUAAAUCACAAUUUUUUUCCCUCAUUCAUCCCCCAAAAGUUGGUGCAAAAAGGACAGCAGCGUGUAAAAUAUAGAGUGAGGGUUUAAUAACGAUACAAACCCACCAUAUGUAACACCUCAAAGCAGCACAUUGGCACAAAGUCAGAAGUAAGACAGCACGGAAGAGUAAAAACCUGCCUCCAAAGCAAAUAAAGAUCAUCAGAAUAAAUAUCUCCAUAAAUAAAUAUUACUUUCCAACUCAUAAAUACUACAUUGUAAAAGAUGCACAUUGGCAGAAAUCAAAGAGUGGUGAGUACAGAGUUACUUGGAAAUUAAAAAGGGAUUGAUUACUCAA